GCAGCAUCAUUUACUGUACAUAACACAUAUAUUGUACAACAUAACAGUCACUGUUUCACCAUAAAUAACUUUGGAUACAUUCCCUCAAUGAUAGGCAACCACUAUUAACAGUUGAUUGCACUCAGUCCUCCUCAAAUGUAAAUAAAACUGUUAUAAAUACAGGUGUAAUAAAGAAAUACAACUUAUAACAAAUUCUUUAAUACAAGACUAUCAGGUAUUUUUUUAAAACUUUUCAGAAACAAAUGUCUCGCAGAUUGACGGGUCACUGAUAAUGUGAACACAUACUUACUGAAUAUUGCUCACCUGUGAUCCCAAACAUGCUUAAUAUUUCCAACCUUUGAUUACAUACAGGUCAAUUAUUAAUCACCUGUUAUCACAUACAGGUAAAUCAAUACUCACCUAUGAUGAUCACAUACAGGUAAAGCAAUACUCACCUAUGAUGAUCACAUGCAGGUAAAUCAAUACUCACCUAUGGUGAUCACAUACAGGUUAAGUAAUACUCACCUAUGAUGAUCACAUACAGGUAAAUCAAUACUCACCUAUGGUGAUUACAUAAGGUAAAGUAAUACUCACCUAUGAUGAUCACAUACAGGUAAAGUAUAAAUCACAUCUGAUGCUCACAUACAGGUUAAGCAUAACUUACCUGUGAUGAUCACAUACAAAUUACACAUUUCUCACUGGUGAUAACAUAAAGGUAUAGCAUUACCUUUUAGAAAUGAUCACAUACAGGUGUAGCAUCUGUAAUCAUAUAUACUAUACAGGUAAAAUACCAUCCACCUUUGAAGAUCACAUGCAAGUAUAACAAUUUUAACCUUUGGUCUCAUGCAGGUUUAACAAUAAUCAAAUGCGUUUUUCCCAUCAACAGCAAAUAUCACAACCAGGUAACACAAUUCUCACUGUUGACUCUCAUAUCAAAGUAUUAUAGACACGCCAAUCUAUGAGUGACACUCACAACUAGGUAAGUCACUGUUACAUACCACCAUCACUUAUACAAUGGCAGUAUUCAAACAAGUCAGGAUAAAUGACUACAUUUGUUUUCUAUGCAAUAAACAAUAUAUAUUAAUUUGUCAUAAAUAUCUACAUCAUGUUUAUGAUAACUUAAUUCCAUGUCAACAUUAGGAUGUACAUCUGUCUUGUCUUCAGUCAACAUCAGGAUGUACAGCUGUCUUGUCUACAGUCAACAUCAGGCUGUACAGCUGUCUUGUCUUCAAUCAACAUCAGGAUGUACAUCUCCCUUGUCUACAGUCAACAUCAGGAUGUACUGCUGUCUUGUCUAGUGUUAACAUCAGGAUGUACAGCUCCCUUGUCUUCAGUCAACACCAGGAUGUACUGCUGUCUUGUCUUCAGUCAACAUCAGGAUGUACAGCUAGUCUUGUCUUCAGUCAACAUCAGGAUGUACAGCUGUCUUGUCUUCAGUCAACAUCAGGAUGUACUGCUGUCUUGUCUACAGUCAACAUCAGGAUGUACAUCUCCCUUGUCUUCAGUCAACACCAGGAUGUACAUCUCCCUUGUCUUCAGUCACAACCAGGACGUACUGCUGUCUUAUCUACAGUCAACAUCAGGAUGUACAGCUGUCUUGUCUACAGUCAACAUCAGGAUGUACAUCUCCCUUGUCUUCAGUCAACAUCAGGAUGUACAUCUCCCUUGUCUUCAGUCAACAUCAGGAUGUACAUCUCCCUUGUCUUCAGUCAACAUCAGGAUGUACAUCUCCCUUGUCUUCAGUCAACAUCAGGAUGUACAUCUCCCUUGUCUACAGUCAACAUCAGGAUGUACAGCUCCCUUGUCUAGUGUCAACAUCAGUAUGUACAUCUCCCUUGUCUACAGUCAACAUCAGGAUGUACAGCUGUCUUGUCUACAGUCAACAUCAGGAUGUACUGCUGUCUUGUCUUCAGUCAACAUCAGGAUGUACAGCUGUCUUGUCUUCAGUCAACAUCAGGAUGUACAUCUCCCUUGUCUACAGUCAACAUCAGGAUGUGCAGCUGUCUUGUCUUCAGUCAACACCAGGAUGUACAGCUCCCUUGUCUACAGUCAACAUCAGGAUGUACAGCUGUCUUGUCUUCAGUCAACAUCAGGAUGUACAUCUCCCUUGUCUUCAAUCAACAUCAGGAUGUACUGCUGUCUUGUCUUUGGUCAACAUCAGGAUGUACAGCUGUCUUGUCUACAGUCAACAUCAGGAUGUACUGCUGUCUUGUCUACAGUCAACAUCAGGAUGUACAGCUGUCUUGUCUAUUCAAGAUGAGGAUAUAUAGCUCCACAGUUAAUUCACAAUAAUAUAAAAUUAUUUAUUUGGAUUUCAUAAAAAAUAAUAGUAUUGUCUUGAAUAAACAAGAUGAACUGAUUUCAUAUACAUUUAGUCUGAUACAGCUUUCAAAACAUUGU